CAGAAACUCAGUGUGAAGAAGACAAAUCAUUCUGCAAUAAUAUACUGGGAAAUAAAGGUGGUAACAAAAAUUCAGAGUGCAACGGGUACAGGUGACAAAAAUUCCAUUACGAAAGAUGUCUGACUCUGAGACCAUUGUACAGGCUUGUCUUGGUCAGCCUUUUCAAUUAGGAAUGCUUUAUGACUGCCGAAGGGAUGUUCUUAUUCCAGGAAUAACUCUCUGGGACGCUCAGAUGCUGCAGAAGAAUAUUGAUGUACGGCCACAGCCAAACACUGAUUUCAAAAUCAUUGCCUCGGAUUCGAGUGAAGACAAAGUAUCAGCUUUGAAGGUUUCUGCAUCUCUUGAAGCCAGCUUUCUGAGUGGAUUAGUCAGUGUGAAAGGCUCAGCUGACUAUUUAAAUGAUAAGAAGUCAUCCAAACAUCAGUCUAGAGUCACCUUACAGUAUCGGACAACUUCACGUUUUGAGCAGUUAACUAUGGAGCAUCUUGGAGCAGGGAACGUAAAGCAUUGCAAUGUAUUUCAGGAGGGCUCAGCCACACAUGUUGUUACGGCUCUAUUGUAUGGAGCUCAAGCUUUCUUUAUUUUUGACCGUGAAGUUUCAUCCAAUGAAAAUCAUCAAGAGAUACAAGGAGACCUCCAAGCAUCAAUCAAAAAGAUACCUUUAAUAUCAAUAGAGGGUCAGGCAUCCUUGAAAAUGAAUGAAAUGGAACAAGAGAAAAUUAACAAAUUCAGCUGCACUUUUCAUGGAGAUUUUGCUCUGAAAAACAAUCCAGUUUCCUAUGUAGAUGCCAUCAAGGUGUACUCAGAGCUGCCAAAACUGUUGGGAGAACAUGGAGAGAAUGCUGUGCCCAUGACCGUGUGGCUUUACCCUCUGAAAAAACUAGAUUCAACAGCUGCUCAGUUAGUCAGGGAGAUCAGUGUAAGCCUAGUACGACGUGCCCAACGGAUCAUGGAUGAACUGGAUAAUUGUGACAUUCAAUGUCAAGAUCUGAUGAGGGACAAUAUCGCCAUUCAAUUCCCUGAAAUGAAAACUAAAAUCAGAAAAUGUAAAGAUCUCUGCUCAGAGUACAAAAUAGUUUUUCAAAAACAUCUCUGCAGGCUUCUUCCAUCUAUAAGGGGAGGAGGAAAAGAAGAACAAGAGCUUGCUGAUGCUCUCACAGACAAAGAAAGAUCGCCAUUUCAAGGUGCUCUGGUACACAAGUUUCUAAAUGAGCGAGAGCGAGAGAUGAAUGUCGUUAGAUCUUACCUAGAAAUCAUGAAAGAAGUCCCUGUUCUUUCAUCCAGCAAUGACUUGGACAAGGUUGUCUUGAAAGCAUCAAAUAACAAUGUGAUAGCUUUUGCACUCUCCUCCUUAGAUGAAAAUGAACCAUACCUUUCAGACUUGGAGAAUUACCUGAAAAAACAAUCAUGUAACAAUGGAGAGCAAAUACGUUAUGAUCAAAACUCCUCAAAAAAGACAGAAAAAUGGUUUUCAUCAGGAGAAGUAACUGCAUUGACCAGGGAAACCAUACAGGCCUUCCUAGAUUUCAAAGAAGCCAAUAAUGGAAGAAAGAACAUUGAAUUCUGCAUUGCAUCAAUCCCAGAUGAACUCAUCACUGCCUCUUCAAUUCAUGUUUAUGAAAGAGGGAGACUCAUAAGUUCACAAUAUGAGCUCCCCUCAAAACCCCCAAAACCAGUCUUCUUGAGUGCUGAGCAUGACUGCAUACAUCUGCAAAUCAACCCUCCUGACCGUGGUGUUAGUUCUGUGGCCUCAUACUGUAUUUCAUAUCAGUCUGCACAGAGCUCUGAAUGGACAGAGGUGUUUACUGAUGGAGUUUCUGAUCAGGUCACCGUCAAGCAGUUACAACCACAUAAAGAAUAUUGUUUCACCUGUAAGGCGGUGUGUCGUCCAGGAGUAAGUCUGACAAGUGACACAACAUCAUUCUUCAAGACUCGUCCAUGUGCUCCACCUGGAGCACUUACAGUGAAACAAGUAGAAUCUGAGUCUGCAACUGUAGUUUGGGAUGUUCCUACAUCUGUAGGUGAAGAUGUUCUGGUCACUGGAUACGUGUUGGAAUUCAGAGAAAUGCCAAAGGAUCAGGAAAAUGAAAAGCCAUGGAAAUCUGUGAAAUCUACAAACAGAGAAUGCACUCUUCAGGGACUGAAAGAAGACACAGAUUACACAAUCAGAGUUUUUGCAAACUGUGGAAAUUAUGGAGUGAGUCUUUCCAGCCCUGAAACUGUGUUUUCUGCACAUUUGGAAAGUAAACAAUCAAAUAAGGAUGGGAGUGGAUUGUUCUUGAAUCAAUCUUCACAAAUAAAAUGGGGCAAUCCAUCAAUACAUACACUGACACUACACAAAAAAAUAACAGAGACAGAGACUGUAAAAAUGACAGAGACUGUAAGUUUUAAUCAGUAUGUCUUCGGAAGAAAGGUUGAAGAUGUGAAAAACAAAGUAAUUCUUCUUGUAGGAUCAACAGGUGCAGGAAAAACCAUGCUGGUCAAUGUGAUGGUCAAUUACAUACUGGGUGUAAAGUGGGAGGAUUCAUAUCGCUUCAAACUAAUCAAUGAAGUGACCAGUCGUUCACAGGCUCAGAGUCAGACAUCUAAUGUCUCCUCUUAUGAGCUGUACAAUCAGCCUGGCUUUCAAAUUCCCUACUCUCUCACAAUUGUAGAUACACCUGGAUUUGGGGAUACAGGAGAAAUUGCACAGAGUAGUGCAGAGCAGGUCAAAAGCUUUCUUUGUAGCCCUUUGGGAAUCGAUCACAUUGAUGCCGUCUGCUUUGUUGUCCAGGCCCCUCGUGGCCGCCUGACUGCCAAUCAGAGUUACAUCUUUGACUCAAUCCUGUCCAUUUUUGGCAAAGACAUUGCAGAGAACAUCUUAUUUUUGGUGACAUUUGCAGAUGGUAAAAACAUCCCAGUUUUAGAGGCCAUCAAAUCAGCAGAUCUGCCCUGUCAAAAGAAUAAAAAGGGACAACCCACCCAUUUCAAGUUCAACAAUUCAGCUGUGUAUGCAGACAAAACAGAAGAACCUACAACUUCUGAUUCUGAUGAUGAAGAAUAUAAUCAGAAACUGAAUGAUAUUUUCUGGACAACAACCUUCAAACAGAUGGAGGCUUUUUUCAAGGCACUGGGGGCCAUUGAAAGUAAAGAUCUGACACAGACUAGAAAAGUAUUGGAGGAGCGAGAGCGCCUUGAUAAAGUCAUGACAGACCUGACACCUCAAAUGACCGCCUGUCUCUCUAAAAUGAGUGAGAUAAAAAUAUUAAAACAACGUUUGGAAAAUGAGAGUGAGAACAUGAAUAAAAAUGAGAAUUUUGAUCAAGAUGUAGAGGUGAUAAAAGCAAACAGAUCCCCUGUAAACCAUCUUUCCAUGAAUUGUAACACCUGCUCCUUUACAUGUAACUCACAUUGCUCCUACACAUGUUACAUGUUGCACCAUGAAGAAUAUUUGCCAGCUUGUGCUGUGAUGGAGUUUGACCACUGCAUUGUCUGCCCUGGAAAAUGCCAUUACUCUGCUCAUUCACAUGAAAAUUUUUUGUGGACACAUGAAUCAAUAAAAGAGACUAAAACCAUUAAAGAGAUGAAAGACAACUUCAUGAAUGCUAAAAGAAAGUUUAUUAACAUAAAGCAAACACUUGAUGCACUUGAAAGGGAUCUCGAUAGAAGUGAGAACAAACUAAGGAACUUGAUCAAACUGUCCUCUGAUUGCCUAAGAAGACUGGAUGAAAUAGCACUGAAGCCAAAAUCUCUCUCCACAGCAGAAUAUUUCGAAAUUCUGAUCAAAACAGAGGAGAAGGAGAAAAGUUUUGGCUUUGAGGGCCGCAUUGCUGGACUUAAGAAAAUGAAAAGUGAUGCUCUUAUUCUGGAAAAGAUUGAACAAGGAGAAGAUCUGCUUGAAACAGAGAGCCGCAUGAUGGAGAGAAAAGAGUGCGUGCUGAUCUAGAAAAACCGAUGCUUUUAACAGACCUACACAGGCAAAUGAGAAAAAUGCCUGAACAAAUGAAGUCUGAUUAGUUCACAAAGAAUAAGUUAAAUGAUUUAAAAUCUAAUAGCAUGUUUUUGGUAAUUAUUCAGCAUCUAUUUGUCAAAGUUUUCCAGUUUUCUUGUCAAAAUCAUACAAACAUUUAUAUAUUGUAAAAUACUCUCAAACAAUGUAUGAGUUCAAGCACUUCCUUUGAGUUCUUAAGAAAAAUGAGUAAGGCUUAGUAGAACUUCAGUACAAUUUUUGAAAUUCAGAAAAAAAGAUGCUCCUUUCGAUGCCACAAGACUAAAUGAAAUAUAAAAAAGCUUCAUGUUUUUUUUUUUGUUUUGUUUUUUUAGAUAAAAUGUGAAAUAUUCAAGCAUGUUUUUUUUUAUUUUUUUUAUUUCACUCAAAAAUAUAAACAAAGGAAAAAAGAUGAUCUAUUCUUAAAGUAUGAAUCGUAAAUUAAAAAGAUCUUCUCUCCAUAUUGCAUUGAACUUCAGAUCAAGUAUGUUUUAUUCUUUCAGCAGUCUAGUGAAAGGUUUUUAUUACCAAGGCAGAAUUCUUAUUUUGGCCUUGCAACCCCAAGCUAAUGCUUCCUAUUCACGUUGUUAUUUUGGAAAACCUUUUCCGUUUUAUGUGCUAUAAAUAAAGUCUUUGAAUGUGAA